GAGAGAGAGAGAGAGAGAGAGAGAGAGAGAGAGAGAGAGAGCCAAAUCUUACACCAUAAAUCAUCACAUUGGGGCCCCUGGAAUCGGUGUUAUUAUCAACGGCUACCUGAAUCAUAAAAAUCGGUUCCCGAGAAAAUGUUAAGCACAACAUUAAAACCAUUGUAGUCCUACCUUGAACACGUUCGAAAAACUCUAUAGUGUCACACAUGGGUCAUCAUAUUAGUAAGCAGCAGAGCCAGCAGAUGUCUGAUGACCAACAGAUGAUGAGCAGUAUCGAACAGCAUAGCAAACGGUCAACAACGGCACAGGAUUUGCAAGUGAAAAGUCGCAAAAAUAGGCAAAUCGCUACAAAUGCGAAAAAAUUAAAAAAAGGACAAAAUCAACGGUGUGACGUCAGCAAUAGCAACAGCAACAGCAACAGCAACAACAGCAGAAGCAUCAUCAACGCAACCGCUCCAACGAAAUCAGCAGUUGCAAGCACGUCGGCGGCGAAUCAAGAGCGCAACGCCGGUUCAGUGGUGAUCACAAUUCGGCUGAUGAAAAUGGAAUCAGCGAAAAGUUUUUGCGGUGGUAGUGUUGGGAGCAACGAUGAAGCUCAAAACGAUAACAAUUCCAACAAUAAUAACAACAAUUUUUCAUCGAUCGCACGUCCAGCACAGCGCGAUAUCAACAACACAAAUACGGCGAACAAUUUAUCGUCGCAUACAUAUGUAAAUUUACAACAAGAAAACAGUAAACACAACCAAAAUAAUAGUUUUAGUGUGGACAAUAACAAUGUAGUUUUGAAUCAAAGUGGAAUUGGCGUAUCAUCGAUGAGAGUGAAUAAUAGUGUGGUUGGUGAUGGCAAUACGAUGAUCAAUAGUUUAAUGAUGUAUGAAAGCAGUGGUAAAAAAAGCAACAGCGGUCAAAAUAACGAACGGAAUAGUGUUAAGAAUCAAAAUGUAAAUUGUGCUUUGCGUAGCGAAGCUUCAAUCUGUGAUAAAAAUCAAGCAAAUUUCACAUCACAAUCAGAACCGCCAUUAUCGAAUGCGGUGAAUUGCCACCUGGUGCACCCUCUCAAAACAAUUACAUUGACUGAUACAACAACAUCAUCAUCAUCAUCAUCAUCUUCAUCUUCAUCGUCGUCGUCGCCGGAAACGAAUCGAUCGUUGCCGCACACAACGGAUAUGAAACCAAAACCAAUUCAGGACAGUUCAAGUGCUUUCAUUCCGUCAAAUUUUAUUGGCACAGUAUCACCGUAUCCACAUCAUAUCCCAAUUGCUAAUCUCAUUCGACCGGAUUACUUGAAUACCGUUGCCGAUGAACAAUGCCGAAACGUAAAAAGCGAUGGCAGCUGUUGUGAGAAACACAACGCCACUAUCAAAGAUUCGAAGGAAUUGAAAGCAAAAAAACCAAAUUGGGGCAUCAAAUUGAACUGUGCUAAGCUGAAGGGGAUCAAAUCAUUAUCUUCCCCGUUUUCACACGAAACACCAGCAAUGGCAAGCAAUUCGGGUAAUUCAAAUGCCGAACCAAAUAACAACAACAAUAGCAACAAUGUUGAUCGGCCCACGGCUGUUUCGGGACAACAAUCGACUGCUUUACUUCUGGACAAAUCACCGUGGUUCAGCGCAAACGGUGGAAAUGUUAUCGUUGUCACGAUGGAUCAACAGGAACCAUGGUUUUCUGACGAGUAUUCGAUUGAAGAUUGUGAUAAAAAGGCACGUUUGCAACGGGCCAUUGAAAUAGCCGAAGGUGUAGAACCACCGCCCGGAUUUCAAUCCAGUUUGCAAUCGUUAAACUCAAUGUCAUCAUCAAACGUACGGUUGAUCCCGAAUACGAUGCCGGCGAGCUCAGUGAAUGAUGCAAAUAAUAUAGUUGCUGCAUCGAAUCCACAACAUGUCAACACAUCGCAAUGGCUCGUUGCAAAUGUUUGUUCGAAUUCCUCGGCACUGCGGUUCUUUUUACAGCAUGCCGACGAUAUGCCAAGAAUACAUUCACAGGUGGAUUAUAUUCAUUGUUUAGUGCCGGACUUAAAGCAGAUAACAAAUUGUUCGUUUUACUGGGGGAAAAUGGACCGAUAUGAAGCUGAACGGUUGUUGGAAAACAAGCCGGAAGGCACGUUCCUUUUGCGUGAUUCUGCACAAGAGGAAUUCUUGUUUUCGGUAUCAUUUCGGAAAUAUGGUCGCUCUCUUCAUGCACGCAUCGAACAAUUUAACCACAAAUUUAGUUUUGACUGUCAUGAUCCCGGAGUGUACACAUCGGAAACCGUAACGGGAUUAUUGGAGCAUUACAAAGAUCCAGCCUGUGUGAUGUUCUUCGAACCGGCAUUAACGCUACCUCUAAAUCGAAAUUUUGUCUUCUCGUUGCAACAAUUGUGUCGAGCGACCAUUGUUAGUCACACCACCUACGAUGGCAUCAAUGACAUUUGUUUACCGAAAAAAUUGAAAUCUUACCUAAAGGAAUACCACUACAAGCAACGUGUACGAGUCAAGAAAUUUGACGACCCAAUUUAUGGCACAACAUAAACAUGCGAUUCAACAUCGAUUUGUGCCUAUUAACCACCAACAUGAACACAAACCAACAAACAAACACAUACACACAUCAAAAGGAAUGUAGCCACUUACAUUUCAUUCAUCCCGACUUUGUUCCACUUCAUUAGAAUCCAAAAUGAUCGCAUGUAGUAUUAUUAUUAAUUCUAUUAUUUCCUUUUUAAUUUGACUAUUAUUUAUUGUUUUUAAAGAAAAACUAGAGAGAAGAACAAGUAGAUUCGAAUUUUUUUUUUCUUUUGAUUUUCAAAUGACUUUUUAGAAACUAGCUAUAAUCAUGAGCUAAAUAGACACAUCACAUAGAUUGAAAAAGAAUGAAACGAAGAAAAUACGCUUUGGAAGCUAAGACUUCGGCAUAUAUUUGAUAAAUAUAUAUGGAGAAAGAAAAAUUGUUGGAAUUCUAUGUGUAAUUUGAAGAGGAAUCAACAAUUUGAAGAGGAAACGGUAGAAAAGAAAACACAGCCAGUCGAAAUGCUAAGUUAUAAUUUGUAUGAUUUUAUUGUUUUUUGCGAGCGACACGAAUUUGUGCGCGCAUAUUCAAUGAAUAACGAACUUCCAAUUUUACCACAUUUGACAAUUGAUUUUAUUUUUGAACGAACAACACGAACACACUACGCAAUGAUUAAUAACACUGAAAACAAAACAAACAAAAAAUGACGGGGAUCAGCGAAUAUGCACGCGCAUUCUUAUCGACGCUAAACAUUAUUUAGAUGGAUUGAUUGUUGUACAAAUUAACAAAAA